UCCAUCGAGCUAUUAGCGUUGCGAUCCUGCAACGCUCAGCUCGCAGCAAUGGGUUUGUUAUUCUCCCUUCCUCUAGCUGGGCCACUGGGGACCAUAGCAUCGUCAUGCCUCGGUGGUCUGGCGUUUUGUUUCACUAGUACAGCAGCGUCCAUGUUCUGCAAGUCAUGCAACUGCAACUCCUCGAUUGCUACUCGCGUUGGCUUUGCGAUCAUAUUCAUUCUGAACUCCUUAUUGGCGUGGCUCAUGAAGACGCCGUUCGCUAUACGAAAGAUCGAAGAGUGGAGUUAUGACUACAUCAAGAUGGAUUGUGCGGAAGGAAAGUGUUACGGAGUACUUGCAGUCCAUCGGAUAUGUUUCGCACUUACUCUCUUCCAUGCCAUUUUAAGUUUCUCCCUGAUUGGAGUCAAUGACUCUAAAGACAAGCGUGCGGCUAUUCAGAAUGGGUCCUUCUAUGGAUUCGUUCUGGUCGUCGUCAACUUCUUCAUUCCCAAUGGCUUUUUCAUGUUUUGGGGAAAUUACAUCGCCCUCAUUCGGUGCUACUCUAUUUAUCCUGCUCGGUCUUACUCGACCUCAUGGCAAUGCAUUCUUGUCGGCUCCACCGCAAUCAUGUACAUUGCGACUAUCUCUUUAACAGGCGUACUCUACGCCUAUUUUGCAGGACCGGGAUGCACACUCAACCAAUUCUUCAUCUCAUUCAACCUUGCACUGUGUGUCCUCAUCACGAUUUUAUGUGUACACCCCGCCGUUCAGGAGCGUAACCCACGCUCGGGUCUCGCUCAGGCAGGUAUGGUGGCUGCGUACUGCACGUAUCUCAUCGUAUCCGCCGUCUCGAACUACGGGCAUGGCACGUGCAACCCCCUCAGUCGGGCGAGCACAACGAGGAUGACGACCGUCGUACUGGGUGCUGUAUUCACCUUUUUGGCAAUCGCCUAUUCUACUUCACGGGCGGCGACGCAGAGUCGAGCGUUAGUUGGAAAGGGAAGGAAAAACGGUAGUAUACAGCUUCCAAUCGACGACGGCACUCAGUCGGAAAUGGGUGUUGUGAGUACCCAGCCGGAGCGCAUGGAAUCACCAAGAUACCAGGCUCUACUGGCUGCCGUCGAGGCAGGUGCCAUCCCCGCGUCAGCAUUGAGGGAAGACGAGGAUGAAGACGAAGACGAAGCGGAUACGGUCGAUGAUGAACGCACUGGCACUCGAUACAAUUAUUCAUGGUUCCACGUCAUAUUUGCGAUCGGUGCGAUGUACGUCGCAAUGCUACUCACGGAUUGGAACGUGGUGUCGCAGGAAGAAGGUAGCAACUCAGACCAGAUUGUCCGUAUCGGUCAGUCACACAUCGCGAUGUGGAUGCGGAUCGUGAGUAGUUGGGUGUGCAUGCUUUUGUAUAUUUGGAGCUUAAUAGCACCGGUACUUAUGCCUGAUCGGUUUGGAGAUUAGCUGUUGGAUUCCCGGAGUGUCACUAUUUUACUUCUGUUUUGUGCUGUUGGGAAAUGCAAUGACACGAUAUUUAUCUGAUCUGAUGUCGUAGUCCCUUG